AUGGGUCUCAUCGAGAAGCCUAGCGAUCCUCACGGAUUGACGCUCGAGGCAUGGGCUCAGGGCCUGAUGUUUGGCAGUCUUAUGACCAUGGCAUGUAUCACAAUCGCAAACAUGCGAAAAAGAGUCGUCCUCCACCACCUCAUUCUCAUAGAGUUGAUAUUCGGUCUAUUCCAAGGAACGUUCAUCUUCCCCGAUCCACCGUACUACGGAUGGUAUGAGUCUGUGGGAGCUUUGUUUCUCAACAUCAGCUGGAGUCUACACAAUGUCAUCUCAUGGAUGAAGAACAAGCCCUUCUUGAGCCGAAAGAUGUCCAUGAUCUAUAUCGGCACUGUCAUAAUGGUCCAACCUUAUUGGGUAGCAGAGAUCGCUGCAAACUUUCUCUACUUCAACAACAUCAACCACAAGGUCUUUGAACAUCUCCGACCCUUCGAGGCAUUGUUCAGGGACCCAUGGUGGAUCUUCACAAUCUUGAAUCUUGUGUACAACAUCAAGAAAAGAUAUGACUUCGGCUUCAUCGAGCUCGUACGCAUAUCGCCACGUUUCGGUGUGCUUCUUGUUGUAAUGACUCUUUCGGUCCUGUUCCUCUUCGUCGAUAUCCUCAGCGUGACCCACGUCAUUCCAAGCAAAGGAUUACCCGACGGCAUCAACCCAUUCUGGAAGUUGUCUUUUAUCUUCAAAUGCAUGACCGAUACCGUCAUCCUCGACGACUUCAAGACAGCAUUGGACAAGAUGAAGGACUACAGGCUUAAGAGAGUGGCAAGUUAUGUGGACACAUACGACAAUGCCGAGAGAGGGUCCACAGAACCUAUCACUGUUCACACAACUGUCACGCAACAUGAGCAUUAUGAGAACAGGUCGAGGAAUCACGACGACAGCAGCAUGAAUGGCAAGGACUGGGCCACUCAUUCUCACAUCGAACUAGUCGAGCUCGAAGAAGUCACGCCGCCGCCGACAAUUCGUACACAGAUCGGUUGA